GUAGGCAGGGAGCGGCAGCAGCGGCGGCGGCAACGAGGGGCUAGUGCACACCCAGCCAGGGAGACUUAGGGAACCACGGACGGACGGAGAGGACCCUCCCCAGCGCCCCCCGAGUCAUGGCCGAGAGAAAGCAAUCUGGGAAGGCGGCAGAGGAUGAAGAGGUCCCUGCUUUUUUUAAAAACCUGGGCUCGGGCAGUCCCAAGCCCCGGCAGAAAUUCUGCGGCAUGUUCUGCCCGGUGGAAGGGUCCUCGGAGAACAAGACCAUCGAUUUCGAUUCGCUUUCGGUGGGCCGGGGCUCGGGGCAGGUGGUGGCUCAGCAGCGGGAUGUCGCCCACUUGGGCCCGGACCCGCACCGGCAGAGCCGGCAUGCCAGCGGGGAGCCAUCUGUUGAAUCGGGCCGGAAGGUGGAGAUCCGGCGGGCCUCGGGCAAGGAAGCCCUGCAGAACAUCUACGAUCAGAGUGAUCGCCUUCUGAUCAAAGGUGGCAAGAUUGUGAAUGAUGACCAGUCCUUUUAUGCCGACAUAUACAUGGAAGAUGGGCUGAUCAAGCAAAUAGGAGAAAACCUGAUUGUACCAGGGGGCGUGAAGACCAUUGAAGCCCAUUCCAGGAUGGUGAUCCCGGGAGGAAUCGACGUGCACACUCGCUUCCAGAUGCCUGACCAGGGGAUGACGUCAGCAGAUGACUUCUUCCAGGGAACCAAGGCGGCCCUAGCUGGGGGAACCACCAUGAUCAUUGACCAUGUGGUUCCGGAGCCCGGGACCAGCCUGCUGGCGGCCUUCGAUCAGUGGAGGGAGUGGGCCGACAGCAAGUCCUGCUGUGAUUACUCUCUGCACGUGGACAUCACUGAGUGGCACAAGGGUGUCCAGGAGGAGAUGGAAGCUCUGGUGAAGGACCACGGGGUGAACUCCUUCCUCGUGUACAUGGCUUUCAAAGAUCGAUUCCAGCUGACGGAUUCCCAGAUCUAUGAAGUGCUGAGCGUGAUCCGGGAUAUCGGUGCCAUUGCUCAAGUCCAUGCAGAGAAUGGUGACAUCAUUGCUGAGGAACAGCAGAGGAUCCUGGAUCUAGGCAUCACGGGCCCCGAGGGACAUGUGCUGAGCCGACCGGAGGAGGUCGAGGCUGAAGCUGUGAACCGCUCCAUCACCAUUGCCAAUCAGACCAACUGCCCCCUGUAUGUCACCAAAGUGAUGAGCAAGAGCGCAGCUGACGUCAUCGCCCAGGCACGGAAGAAGGGAACUGUGGUGUAUGGUGAGCCCAUCACUGCCAGCUUGGGGACUGAUGGCUCUCAUUAUUGGAGUAAGAACUGGGCCAAGGCUGCUGCCUUUGUCACCUCCCCACCUUUGAGCCCCGACCCAACCACUCCAGACUUUCUCAACUCUUUGCUGUCCUGCGGAGAUCUCCAGGUCACUGGCAGCGCCCACUGUACCUUCAACACUGCUCAGAAGGCCGUGGGGAAGGACAACUUCACCUUGAUUCCCGAGGGCACCAACGGCACAGAGGAGCGGAUGUCCGUCAUCUGGGACAAAGCUGUGGUCACUGGGAAGAUGGAUGAGAACCAGUUUGUGGCUGUGACCAGCACCAACGCAGCCAAGGUCUUCAACCUUUACCCCCGGAAAGGUCGCAUUGCAGUGGGAUCUGAUGCGGACUUGGUCAUCUGGGACCCUGACAGUGUGAAGACCAUCUCUGCCAAGACGCACAACAGUGCUCUUGAGUACAACAUCUUUGAAGGCAUGGAGUGCCGUGGCUCCCCCCUGGUAGUCAUCAGCCAGGGCAAGAUCGUCUUGGAGGAUGGCACGCUCCACGUCACCGAAGGCUCAGGACGCUACAUCCCCCGGAAGCCCUUCCCUGACUUCGUGUACAAGCGCAUCAAGGCAAGGAGCAGGCUGGCUGAGCUGAGAGGGGUCCCUCGUGGCCUGUAUGACGGACCUGUGUGCGAGGUGUCUGUGACACCCAAGACGGUCACUCCAGCCUCAUCGGCUAAGACGUCCCCUGCCAAGCAGCAGGCACCACCUGUUCGGAACCUGCACCAGUCUGGAUUCAGCUUGUCUGGUGCUCAGAUUGAUGACAACAUUCCCCGCCGCACCACCCAGCGCAUCGUGGCGCCCCCUGGUGGCCGUGCCAACAUCACCAGCCUGGGCUAAAGCCCCUAGGCCUGCAGGCCACAUGGGGACGGGGGAAUGGGACACCUGAGGACAUUCUGAGACUUCCUUCCUUCCAUUUUUUUUUUUUUUUUAAUUUUAAAGAGCCUGUGAUAGUUGCUGUGGGCAGCCAGUUCCUGGGGCUUCCUCUUGGGCCCCCCAUACUCGGUCUCCCCUUGGAGUUUCUGAAUUCGCUCACCCAAGCCCCUACACAGUUGUGAACACCACACCCAAGCCUAGCCACCCACCCCACACGGAGCUGCAUCUCACACGCAGACACACACAACCAAGCAGAUCCCAGCGAGGGUGCCCCACCACACCCUCGGCUGUGUGGUUAGCACCUUCCUGUCCUGGGAAGAUAUAGUGAAUUGCCCUGAGCUGCCUUCUUUU